AUGUUUGUUUUGAAUGAUCCUCGCUCAGGGCAAUCUAAAACCACGUAUACAGCUGAGAAUAUUGAACGUGUGCGAGCCAUUAUUGACGAAAAUCCGCAUGCAAUACAUAAUAUAAUUGAAGCCUUGACAUCAAUUAAUCGUUUUACAAUUAAAGAAAUCAUUCAUAACGCAUUUAAAAAAAGAAAACUAACAUCACGUUGGAUACCCCACGAGUUAACCGAUGAAAAUCGAAAGAAUAGAGUAGAGGCAUGUAAGGAAAGUUUAGCCCUUUUCAGAAACGGUCUAUGGAGGCUAUGCGAUAAUAUUACAGGGGAUGAGUCAUGGUUUUAUUUGAGACAAGUUGGACACAAGUCAGCCUACGCUAGUUGGGUCGGUGAAGGUGAAAGUCCAAGAACUAUAGUAAGAUGCGAUAGGUUUCAGCCGAAAAGCAUGUUCUACAUCUUCUUCAAAACAACAGGUGUUGUUCAUUUGGGUUAUGUUGAAAAGGGAGACACCAUUACUAGCGAAAAUUAUUUAAAAAAUUGUUUGAAACCUCUUUUAUGCGAAUUAAAUAAGCAAAGAUCUAAAUUGGGCACUCACAACUUCAAAUUUCUUCAUGAUAACGCUCGACCCCAUGUAACUCAAACUAUCACAAAUUGUCUAAACCAAGCUGAAAUUACAAUAGAUCGCAACCCACCAUACUCACCAGACUUAGCUCCAUCCGAUUAUUGGCUAUUCGAAUUGAUAAAAAAAAAUCUUGAUGACGACACUGACAUCGAAAGCCAAAAAAACCGCAUAACGAAGCUACUUGAAAGUAUACCCAAAGAAGAGUAUAAAAAAACGUUUCACAAAUGA